CUCGUUCAAAGGCGUUCGUAAUACUUUAGACGUUGUAAUAGCAGAGCUUUAACAGAUCACAAGUGUAAGUGUUGAGAUAGAACAAAGAAUAAAAAAGUCAAUUAACUAAGAUUUACUCACCUUUCAGCAAACUUUGGAGAUAUCUGGACAAGAUGUCUCUGGCCAGGGAUCUGAUGCACCCCAGCUUCACAGAUGAGAGAAGACAUAAAAAGAAAAGGCUGGUGCAGAGUCCUAACUCCUAUUUCUUGGAUGUUAAAUGCAUGGGCUGCUAUAGGAUCACUACCGUCUUCAGCCAUUCCCAGACUGUGGUACCUUGUGCAGGAUGUUCUAUAAUCCUGUGCCAUCCACGAGGGGGGAAGUGCAGGCUAACGACUGGAUGCUCCUUCAGACGGAAACAUUCCUGAGCAUCAGUUUACCUUUAAAACCACAGCAGAGAGGAUGGAUUAAAGAGGCUGAGCCUCCAACUCUGAAAUCAGAAGUGGGUUUGAUUAAGACUCAAUAAGUGGAACAUUUUCAUUAGGAUAGUCGAAAAAACUACUGUAUGAUGUAUAAAAUGGUAUUGUAUGAAUUUACAAAUGUUUUUUGCUCAUCUAAACUAUCCUACAAAUUAUUUAGAUGCAUUGUUUGUGUGUAUUUAAAAAAAUAAGCACAAAUUGGGAAAUUCCAGUGAUACAAACUAAGUAUAGACAUCAUACUGACAGAAGUCAAGGUUUGUCAUAAUUUUUUUUUUCAAUAACUAAGUAGUGAUUUGACAUACCAAAGCUUUGGACAAUGGGUCACAUCAUACAAGCUCAACAAUCAGCAAAGAAUGAUAAUAUAGUAUAAGUAAUGAUGAAAAACUCAAUGAAAAAAAAUCAACACUUUGUAACUAAAUUCAGACUCAGGAAUCAUUAAGCUGACAUUCCCUACGUUUCAAUUUAAUAUACGUCAAUAACAUGUGCACUUAGUUUACUUAUCCAAGACAUUAUAUUACUAUAGUAGUAACAGCUGAGCUGUAGGAAUCAUUUUGCAGUUUUUUUUGGCCAGAUCCACUUCCUGACAAAGACUGGGAAGUGGGUGGAGUUUAACCCAGAGUUGUUAAUGCAUGGCAGACAGUAGUUCUACUCUGCUACACAGGGGUUGAUAUAUAGUUCUAUCAUGUACUGUAUGUCUUUUUGUCAAAAAGUACAAAAUCAAAGGCAAAGGAGUUGUGGUAUCUGUAAAACAUUUAUUAGACUGACGUAGAGGGGUUGGAGAAUGAAAUAUGUCAAAACAGCUUUACUCAAAAUGAGAUGCUACUCAUGGCCCUGGCACAAGAUGACACCACGGAGACCAUUAGAAUAAAACGAAAAUAAAGAAU